AUGAUACCAACACUGUUCAAGACGGAGGCCAUUGGCAUGCGGCAGUGCCUCCGACCUGUGCCGCUGGGGACGUCCUCGCGUGUCUUGUUGACACGUUUGCGGAGAUUCACACGCGCUCGCCCCGCACAAGAUGGCUGGGGCCGCCUCGAGUCAGUGGAGAGGCCAGCAGCAUUCGAUGUGCCUCCUCCUGUGAAGAUGCCCGAUUGGGGCUUCUUGAAGCCAAAUACCGAGCAUGUGCAGUCCGUGACCGAGCCGAAGAUUCGAUACCUCGAUCGCCAGCCGUCGCGUGCUCGCAGCGACCAGCGGCAGUUCGCGGCGACAACCACGCUGUGGGACCGGUCGGAAGAGGUGGCGAUCAAGAAUGACGACCCAAUGGCGCCCUGGAACCUCUCGUCUCUCCUCGUCGAGACUCUCCGAACACGCGAUGUGGUCGAGACGCUCAGCGUUGUGCGUGCGCUCGUCAAUUCGCCUUCGGCCGACGAAGCCAUAGCUGCGAUGCGGGGCAUUCCGCGGACGACCGUCUCGGAAAUCUUGCGCUGCUUGGACCCUCUCGAGGCGGGCCAUCGGCUCGAUUGCACACACAGCCUGGUGAUACCUGAUCACCUGCAAGAAUUCAGCCCCGUGGCGUUGGCUUUUGACGAAUUCGGCGUUCGAAAAAUCUACAAGGACCUCUUCACGACCAUGGUCGCCUUUGUCGAGCUGCUGCACCAGGCAGGCCAUCAGCUGAUGCUCGCCGACUACGUUGUUCUGCUGCGGUGCGCCGGAGCGACAUCAGAUGUCACGGCUGCAAAGCGCGUUUGGAAGCUCAUGGAUCUCAACGAAGUCUGGGACCUCCGCGAGGGCCUGGGCUACGACGAGCUCGUGAAGGCGCGCUAUCUCGUGGAGCCUCUCUACCGCCAAUACGACCUCGCGAGGGUGCGAUUGAGGCCCCGAAACCUGAGAAAGGUCAACCGGCCUGACAUGGCCCUGCGAGGACGCCUGGAGAAGCUACGACUGUACGAGGCACGCUCGAAAUACCACGCCUACGGCAAAUCACCACACCAGCCAGAACGGGACCUGCACUGGGUGCUCAGCCUGCCAGGACCGCUGAAUCGAAUCUGGUUCAAGAUGCUCAACCAGGGCGUCACCAUCACCGAGAGCCUGCAGUGUUCGUACCUCGUGGCAUGCGGGUACGCAGGUAAUCUGCGCAUGAUUGAAACGAUUUUGGCGCGCUUUUAUGACAUAUCCAUAGUCGAUGGAAAGACGAGGCGCGGCAUCACAGCCGACAGCCGAAACGUCCUCAUCACGGGCGGUCGCAAAUUCCCCCACGGACACCCCUUGACACCAACACCGCGGCUGCUGAACGCCCUUGUCCAUUCGCUGGGGGCAGCCGGCUACGUCUUGCUCGCGAAGAAGCUCGUCGAGUUCUUCGCGCAGCAGUACAGGCUCGACAUAGCCGCAGCGACCUGGUCCGACCUGCUCAACCACACAUACAUCAUCUCGACGCACCGCGCACAAGUCGAAUGGGGCCUGUACGAAUCCAACAUGGCCGUCAAGAACAGGGCCGUCCGAGCUGAGGAUGUCCUGGACGUCUACCACGCCAUGACGGCGCACGGCAUCGAGCCCUCGUUCGAGGACCUCGACAAGCGCGUCAACGCGCUCAUCCAGUCGGGCGCCUUCGACGAGGCCUGGACCGCCAUCCGGUCCGGCAGCGCGCACUACCGCACGCUCAUGGCCGAGACGCAGGACGCCCUCUUCGAGGCGCUCUAUCCGUCCCCGCCGCGCAGCGCCUCGGACCGCGUCGUGCGCGCCAAGGCGAAGCAGCACCGCGCGUGGUACGCGCUCCAGCGGUGGUGCGAUCGCUGGCUGCUGCGCUUCAGCAGGCGCGAGGCGCGCCUCGGCGUCGGCGACACGAUGGACGCGGACGGGGACCUGACGCGGCGCAUCCCCGACUUUGUCGCCGAGUUUGUCGACUACAUGCCCUACCCGGCGACGUACCACGUCGCCUCGGGCCUCGUCCGGCUGCAAGCGAACCACCAGCAGAAGCGCAUGGGGUGGGAGAAGCGCGACGUCGCGUCGGCGCCGACGCUCGUGGUCGAGCGCGACGGGCAGGACCCGCGGCUUGACGAGGACGGCAGGCACGUCGUCAGCGAGGCCGGGCAGCCGCAGUACCACGUCCGGACCAGGACGUAUCAGCACCUCGACCGCCGCGCGCAGCGGACGCGCCGCGCCCAGCCGUGGGAGGCGGUCGGGUUCUACAAGCACUGCGUCGCCGACGGGGCGGCCGAGGGCGGGUGGCCGCACCUCAAGUACAGCAACGUCGCGCACUGCGUCGAGUGGUGA